AUGUCGCCAGAUAGAGGAGGUGCCUGGUGGCACCGCCUCCUCGAGGAAAUUGCUCUCACAGCCCCUCUGGCCAUCGGGGGCUACUAUAUCGUCAGAUAUGUGCUGAGACAGAUGAACUAUGACCCGGAGGCGGAGCAAAAGGAACAAAACCGUUUACAGUCGUCGGCGAUUCUACGAAGACUAGAUGAUCCCCAACGCAGCCAACAGCCGCAGGCUCGAGACGACCGACGCGCUCUCCGCGGAGAGUUGAAGCUGUCGCCGUACGAACAGACCAUCUUACAAGACUUGGUGUUCCCAGAAGAUAUACCCGUCACGUUUGACGACAUUGGAGGAUUGUCCGACAUAAUAGAGGAACUGAAAGAGUCGGUCAUAUACCCGUUGACCAUGCCGGAACUCUACUCGACCUCAUCUUCCCUACUGACGGCACCGUCCGGAGUACUACUAUACGGACAACCCGGAUGUGGAAAGACAAUGCUGGCGAAAGCGCUGGCGCACGAGAGUGGCGCAUGUUUCAUCAACCUGCAUAUCUCGACGUUGACCGAGAAAUGGUUUGGCGACUCGAACAAGCUUGUCAAUGCAGUUUUCAGUCUUGCUCGGAAACUGGAACCGGCGAUUGUCUUCAUCGACGAAAUCGAUGCGGUCCUAGGCACGCGGCGUAGCGGCGAGCAUGAGGCAAGCGGGAUGGUGAAAGCAGAGUUCAUGACACAUUGGGAUGGGUUGGCCUCUGCCUCUUCGUCCGGCCGGCCUCAACGGAUAAUGGUUCUUGGUGCCACGAACCGCAUUCAGGAUAUCGACGACGCGAUUCUGCGGAGAAUGCCGAAGAAGUUUCCCGUGUCGCUGCCCAACAAGUCGCAGCGGUUGAAGAUCUUGCAAAUCAUCCUCCGAGACACCAAGCUCGACAAGGAACAGUUCGACAUGGAAUAUCUGGCGCGCGUCAUGUCCGGCAUGUCCGGCAGCGAUAUCAAGGAGGCUUGUCGAGAGGCGGCCAUGACUCCGGUGCGCGAGAUGAUACAGCGUCAGAGACAGAGUGGCCAACGGAUCGAUCAGAUGAAGGCUGGCGAUGUGCGAGGACUGCGUACCACCGAUUUCUUUAAGCAAGGAACUGAGAUCCGACGGCCCAGCAAGGCCAAAGAAGACGGCGACGAUAAAGCAUGGAGUACUGCCUCGUCGUCAGGUGUCAGUUCGCCCAUGCAAGAGACGCUGGAGCAGCAGGAACAAUAA